CUUGGGUAGCUUCAUCUCCCUCCAGCAAAGAUGUUGCAUCACCCACUCAGAUGAUAGGAGAUGGGUGUGAUCUCGGCAUCGGAGACGAGGAAGGGGGGACCGGCCUGCCGUAUCCCUGCCAGUUUUGCGAUAAGUCCUUCAUUCGCCUGAGCUACCUUAAAAGGCAUGAGCAGAUUCACAGCGACAAGCUACCGUUCAAAUGCACCUACUGCAGCCGACUUUUCAAGCACAAGAGGAGCAGAGACCGGCACAUUAAGCUGCACACGGGGGACAAGAAGUACCACUGCCACGAAUGCGAGGCGGCCUUCUCCCGCAGUGACCACCUCAAGAUCCACUUGAAGACCCACAGCUCAAGCAAACCCUUCAAGUGCACGGUCUGCAAACGGGGGUUCUCCUCCACCAGCUCCCUGCAAAGCCACAUGCAAGCGCACAAGAAGAACAAGGAGCACCUGGCCAAGAGUGAGAAGGAGGGGAAGAAGGACGACUUCAUGUGUGACUACUGCGAGGAGACCUUCAGCCAGACCGAAGAACUGGAGAAGCACGUCAUGACCCGCCAUCCACAGUUGUCUGAAAAGGCUGACUUGCAGUGCAUCCAUUGCCCGGAGGUCUUUGCCGAUGAAAAUUCUCUCCUGUCCCACAUCCACCAAGCUCAUGCCAACAAAAAACAUAAGUGUCCCAUGUGCCCUGAGCAGUUCUCUUCCGUGGAAGAAGUUUAUUGCCACUUAGAUAGCCAUCGACAGCCUGAUUCCAGCAACCACAGCAUCAGCCCAGAUCCCGUCUUGGGCAGCGUGGCCUCCAUGAGUAGUGCCACACCAGAUUCCAGUGCAUCGGUGGAACGGGGCUCCACACCUGACUCGACCCUGAAACCCUUGAGGGGGCAAAAGAAAAUGAGAUCAUUGGAAAGGGAAGAGGGCCAGACUUGGUCAAAGGUAGCCUACAGCUGCCCUUAUUGCACCAAACGCGACUUUAACAGUCUCGCUGUUUUGGAGAUCCAUCUGAAGACCAUCCAUACAGAUAAACCUCAGCAAAACCACACAUGCCAGAUUUGCCUUGAAUCCAUGCCUACCUUAUACAACCUGAACGAACACGUGCGGAAAGUGCAUAAAAACCAUGCCUAUCCGAUGAUGCAGUUCAGCAACAUCUCUGCUUUCCACUGUAACUAUUGCCCAGAGAUGUUUGCCGAUAUCAACAGUCUGCAGGAACACAUCCGUAUUGCCCAUUGUGGGCCGGGAGCCACAGCACAAGAUGGUAACAACGCCUUCUUUUGCAACCAGUGUUCCAUGGGCUUUCUCACCGAAGCUUCUCUGACUGAGCACAUCCAGCAAACUCACUGCAACAUUGGGAACUCCAAGUUGGAUUCUCCUGUGGUUCAACCCUCUCAGUCUUUUAUGGAGGUUUAUUCCUGUCCGUAUUGCACGAACUCGCCCAUUUUUGGCUCCAUCCUCAAGCUAACAAAACAUAUUAAAGAAAACCACAAGAACAUUCCACUGGCACACAAUAAAAAGUCCAAAGGUGAGCAGAGCCCAGUGUCUUCGGAUGUUGAAGUUUCUUCCCCCAAAAGACAACGGCUUUCUGCUAGUGUCCAUUCUGUUUCCAAUGGCGAAUAUCCGUGCAAUCAAUGUGAGCUGAAGUUCUCCAACUUUGAAAGUUUCCAGACCCAUUUGAAGUUGCACUUAGAGUUGCUGUUAAGGAAGCAGUCGUGUCCUCAGUGCAAAGAAGACUUUGAUUCCCAGGACUCUCUUCUGCAGCAUCUCACUAUCCAUUACAUGACGACCUCAACACAUUAUGUCUGCGAGAGCUGUGACAAGCAAUUUUCGUCGGUGGAUGAUCUGCAGAAGCAUCUCCUGGACAUGCAUACGUUUGUCUUAUACCAUUGCACCCUGUGUCAAGAAGUUUUCGACUCCAAAGUAUCCAUCCAAGUGCAUUUGGCAGUCAAGCACAGUAAUGAGAAGAAAAUGUACCGCUGCACAGCAUGUAACUGGGAUUUUCGGAAGGAGGUGGACCUCCAGAUCCACGUGAAGCAUAGCCAUUUGGGGAACCCUGCCAAGUCACACAAGUGCAUCUUCUGUGGGGAGACCUUCAGCACAGAGGUGGAGCUGCAGUGCCACAUCACGACCCACAGCAAAAAAUACAACUGCAAAUUCUGCAGUAAGGCGUUCCAUGCCAUUAUUCUGCUCGAAAAACAUUUGCGGGAGAAGCAUUGUGUCUUUGAUGGAGGUGCUGAGAAUGGCACGGCCAAUGGCAUGACACCAGCCAGCAAGAAGGCCGAGUCGACAGAUAUCCAGAACAUGUUGAUCAAAAACCCAGAUACAUCCAAUAGCCAUGAAGCUAGCGAGGAUGACAUUGAUGCCUCUGAACCUAUGUACGGUUGUGAUAUUUGUGGAGCUGCGUAUACAAUGGAAGUCCUUCUGCAGAACCAUCGUUUGCGGGAUCAUAACAUCCGACCUGGGGAGGAUGAUUGUUCCAGGAAGAAAGCGGAGUUCAUCAAAGGGAGUCACAAGUGUAACAUCUGUUCAAGGACCUUUUUCUCAGAGAAUGGCCUCCGGGAACACAUGCAGACCCAUCGGGGUCCAGCAAAGCAUUACAUGUGUCCUAUUUGUGGGGAGCGCUUCCCAUCGCUCCUGACCUUAACGGAACAUAAAGUAACUCACAGCAAGAGCUUGGACACGGGCACAUGUCGGAUCUGCAAAAUGCCACUGCAAAGUGAAGAGGAAUUCAUUGAGCACUGCCAGAUGCAUCCUGAUCUUAGGAAUUCCCUCACCGGGUUUCGUUGUGUUGUCUGCAUGCAGACAGUCACCUCGACUCUGGAGUUGAAAAUCCACGGAACGUUCCAUAUGCAAAAAUUGGUAGGGAGCUCGGCCACGUCAUCGCCCAACGGCCAGGCUUUGCAGAAAUUCUACAAGUGUGCUCUGUGCUUGAAAGACUUCAGAAACAAGCAAGACCUGGUGAAACUGGAUGUUAAUGGUCUACCAUAUGGUCUGUGUGCUGUUUGCAUGGCUCGGAGCACCAAUGGACAGUCCUUGGGCCUGACUGUACCAGACAUUAGCGAAAGACCUUGUGGUAGUCUGAGAUGUCCAGAGUGUAGUGUCAAAUUUGAAAGUGCUGAAGAGCUAGAGAGCCAUCUCCAGCUGGAUCAUCGAGACCUGACGCCUGAAACCAGUGGCCAAAAGAAGGGUACACAGACAUCCCCCAUUCCCAGAAAGAAGACCUACCAGUGUAUCAAGUGCCAGAUGACCUUUGAAAAUGAAAGAGAGAUACAGAUCCACGUUGCAAAUCAUAUGAUUGAGGAAGGCAUCAAUCAUGAGUGCAAGCUGUGUAACCAGAUGUUUGACUCUCCAGCAAAGCUCCUGUGUCACCUGAUUGAGCACAGCUUCGAGGGGAUGGGAGGUACAUUCAAAUGCCCUGUUUGUUUUACAGUUUUUGUACAGGCAAAUAAAUUGCAGCAACAUAUCUUUGCUGUCCAUGGACAAGAGGACAAAAUUUAUGAUUGUUCACAGUGUCCGCAGAAGUUCUUUUUCCAGACUGAACUUCAGAACCACACGUUGAGCCAGCAUGCUCAGUGAGCGUAGCACGACAGGAGCCCUCUCUGCGGAGGACUUGACGGAAACUCAGUGGGGGAGGACCAUUUGAACAUUACAUCCAAUCAAAGUGUCAUUUGCAACCCAGAUGUAAAACUCUAAUGAUUUGGCCAUGAGGCGCUGCUAUUAUAAGCAGCUGGAAAUGAAUAUUAAUGGAAGAGAUUAAAAGUAUUCCAUGCACAGUAUUUUUUAUUGUCCUGCUUGAGCUAAAGUGAACUUUAAACCUUCUGCUUCUAACUGAAUUUAUAGUUGCUAGAUAAAAAAAAAAAAUCUGCUUUUGAUGCGCUUAUUCCUUUGUUGCUUCUUGUAUUAUACGGAUAGUUCUAGAUUUAGGAGUGAUUCCCUCGCCCCCUCUUUUUUUUUUUUUUUUCCUUUUCUUUCUUUUUUUUAGUUUGGACUUUAUUUUCCUUCCCUGUUUAACCGCUUUUUUUUCAUUGCAAUUUUUAGGUAAUUGUGCAUCGUGAUGUGACGGCUUGGCUAUUGUCUGAAUAUAUUAUUUUUUACACUAUUUCGUUUUGGUUUUUCGGUUGGUUCUUUUUUUUCUUUUUCUUUUUUAACAAUUAAAGACUAAAUGCUUUGAUUGGAUUUGCCAGUUCACCGGACAGUGAUUAAUUAAAAAAAAUGUAAUAAUGAAUAUCAUCAGUUUCAGUGCAACUGGAUGAUCUGCUUUAUAAAUGUGACUGAAUCUGAUUGCAUUAACUAAUACAGUUCAAUAAAGGGAAUACAUUGGAUGAA